GCUUUCUCUUCACACACACACUGAGCCAGCCUUUCUGUCUCUCUCUUCCCCCCCAUUCUCUCUGCUGCACAUGCAUACACAGACAGACAAACACACACACACACGCUCAGACACACACCCAGUCUCACACCGCCAGCCAGCCAGCCAUUCGCUCCUCACUCACACCCUCAAAUCUUACCAAGCUCAGCUCUCCCUGCUCAGAGGCAGACAGGAGCAGCACGGCAGCCUGUUAAAGGAGUUGAGGGAAGGAGCAGCAGAGUCAGAGAGACAGACGUAGAAAGAGAGACGGGAGGGAGGGGGGGGAUGAAAGAGUGAAGGGAGAGCAGAGCAGAGCAGAGCGCUGUUCCCCAUAUGCUGAGGAGGCAUGGGCGGUUGAACAAGCUGCCCCCACUGAAGCCUCCUGACUCAUGGGAGCGUCAGACCUCGAUCCCCCAGAGAGCCUGGAAACGCUGCUGAACCACGCGUAAGAGAGCAGGAGGGGAGCCAGAGAGGAGAGAAAAAAGUCCAAGGAGAGGAGAAGAGAGAGGAGAGGAGAAGGAAGAAAGCCACAACGGUAGGCUGUCCCACUCAACUGCUGUGCCGUGAUGACGUCAGAGGGCAUGUGACCCAGGCUCUCCAGUGACGGCACAUGGAGGGCAGGAAAGAGACGAGUUUUAAAGCUGGUGCCUUUUGGGUUGUGUGAGGGCUCUGCUCGCCUCCCAAACAACCACAGAACCACAGACGUGCGGCUCGGGGUUGGUGUUUGAGGGCGACCUGGAGUGUAAAUGGUUAAUCGUCGCGGGCCAGCACCAGUCACAAGGACGGCGCUAAGCGAGACGUGUCAAGGGUCACGGAAACCACAGAGGAACAAAAGUGGGGCUUGCUGCAACCAGAGGCAGCUAUGGCAUCUAACAGCCUUUUCAGCACAGUGACACCAUGUCAACAAAACUUCUUCUGGGAUCCCAGCGCCAGUCGGAGGUUCAGUCCGCCGUCCAAUAGCCUCCAGCCGGUCCCAGGGAAGAUGAACGAUGUGAGCUCUCCAGCCGGGCAGCCGGACGCAGCGGCAGCGGUGCCAAGACUGCGUCCCCACGAAAACCGCAGCAUGGCCGAGAUCAUCGCCGACCACCCGGCCGAGCUCGUCCGGACCGACAGCCCCAACUUUCUGUGCUCGGUCCUGCCCUCCCACUGGCGGUGCAACAAGACGCUGCCUGUCGCCUUUAAGGUGGUUGCCCUGGGAGACAUACCUGACGGGACUGUUGUCACUGUAAUGGCGGGGAACGAUGAGAACUACUCCGCCGAGCUGCGGAAUGCCUCAGGUGUGAUGAAGAACCAGGUAGCACGUUUCAACGACCUUCGCUUCGUGGGCCGCAGUGGCAGAGGCAAGAGCUUCACGCUGACAAUCACAGUAUUCACCAACCCACCACAAGUGGCCACUUACCACCGAGCCAUAAAGGUCACCGUGGACGGACCGCGUGAGCCAAGGAGGCAUCGUCAAAAGCUCGAGGAUCCUCCCAAGACUGGUCUCUUCUCAGACCGCCUCAGUGAGCUGGAGAGGAUGAGGGUGAGGGUCACCGUUCCCACUCAAGCCCCCCGGCCAACUCUCAACACGGCGGCCAACUCCUUCAACCCGCAGGGACAGACGCAGAUAACAGGUUCUUCCGACCUGAGCCCAUUCCCUGGUCAGUUUGAGCGUCAGUUCCCGGGCCUCUCCUCCCUCACAGAGACUCGUUUCUCCAGCCCUCGGAUGCACUACCCGGCCACCUUCACCUACACCCCUCCCGUCACCUCCGCCAUGUCGCUGGGCAGCGCCCACUACCACACCUACCUUCCCCCUCCGUACCCGGGCUCCACCCAGAGCCAGAGCGGACCCUUUCAGACCAGCAGCACGCCCUAUCUCUACUAUGGAGCUUCGUCCGGCUCGUACCAGUUCUCCAUGGUCCCUGGCGGCGAUCGCUCACCCUCCCGGAUGAUCCCACCUUGCACUAGCGCCUCCACGGGCACCUCCCUGGUCAACCCCAAUCUGCCCAGCCAGACGGAGGGAGGGGUGGACGGCGAUGGGAGCCACAGUAACUCCCCAACGGUUCUGAACCCUGGAGGCCGCAUGGAUGAAGCUGUGUGGAGGCCAUAUUGAAGAAAGCCAGGGGGUGGAGAUUUGGAAGUCAACUGAUGUCAUGGUUUGAAAGCACAAAACCUUUUUUUUCAUUGAAAAGGGGAUUUUUGAGCUCUCAUCAGCUAUCUCUACCUUUUGCUUGGAAAUUAAGGUUGAGAUAAAAAAAAAAGAAAAAGAAAGAAAAGACCAGACUUGUACGGACUUGUCUUCCUGGAAUGUGUUUUGACCAAGGCACUACAAAGGGAGUCAUUCUCACAGCAAUAAUGAGAAAGACAAUUUUGGUUUACUAGGCCCAAGUGGAUGAGACAUUAUUUCAGUUUUAUUGUAAUCCACAAGCUAAGGGAUGCUUCAACAAUAUUUGUAAAAGACUGCCUCUUUUGUAUAGUGUUUGUAUUUCAAUAAGGCUUUUUGCAGAGCAUGUUUUUGUACUACGACAAUAUCAAGAUGCAAGUUAAGCACUGAGUAGCAAGUGAUGAGAGUAACACAUAUGUUACCUUAAGUGGUAUGGACAGUAAAUUUGCUUUAAAUCAAUUAAUUUAACUUGUAUAUUGUGGGUGAAACGAUGUAGAUUGAGGCGUUUUCUUAGUUUUAACUUAUAAAGCCAUAAAUUAUGUAUUGUAUUUGAAACUUGAGUCAAAGAAGUGUAAUCUGAAUAUUUUUGAUGCAUCUAUAUGACUAAGUUAAAAUGAUUUUUUUUUGAUAGGUAAUUUAAGAGAGUGAGAGGUUUAAUUUUUUUGUAGUACCCAAAGAUUUGAAUCGUCUCAAAUAUGAAAUGUAAUUUCCAAAGAGUAUUGCAACAUGUUUCUUCUGGUGUAACUUUCAGUUUAACUGCUCCACACGUUAAGAGCCCAGCAUCCGCGCUAGGCGUUGACACACAUUUGGCUUGGAAUUAAACCUUUGGUAUUUAUUGAGCAAUAACUCGUAUUGUGCCUCUUGGCAACAUACCAUAAAAGAGAGCUUCAAUGGGGGAAAAUAAUUGUCCGUUGGGGGAAAAUCUGCUUGAUUUCUUUAGUUUGUCUGGUCUGACAUGCACACAGACACAUACGUAUUUUCUUGUCUGAAUAAGAAGUGGUACAUUUACACACGAAUUGACAUGUAGCCCAAAGAUGAUUACGGCGCUGCCACGCCUUAGCGGUGCGCUCCAAAGCAGCAGGUCAGACUUAAAGGUUCAGUUAGUUAGUGUGACACAUGAACUCCUCAGGACUGGAAUAAUCCUCGGAUGAUCCCACAGAUUUGCUAUAUCUGCAUGUCUUUUUUUCAUAUCCACUCUGCUCUGUCAAGAUUAUAGGGAAAACAUGCCAAGUCUGUUAUAGCUUUCAUAUCAUGUGCAAAAGAUAGCUUUGAAAAAGUUUGUCUUAGUGUGUGACACACAUGGGUACUUUUUUUGUUUGUUUCUUUGCAUCUUCUUUCAGUCUUUAAGAUUGAAAAGGAGAUAUCACAGUUGAAGACAAAAAAAGACUGUGACAUUCCUUCAGACAUUUAUUUAUUUUCCUCUUUUUUCCGCUUUUGUUGACAUGGUUUACCAAAUUCAUUUGUACCAUCCUCACUAACCGGUGUUAUAAUAAUCUAAAAUCUUUCUGUGGCACCAGGAUGAGUGGGAGGUCUGAUAUUUUCCAACCUGAAAUUGCUAUGCGAGAUUUUUUUUUUUUUUUUUUUGGUAAGUGUUGGAGUAAGAGGAAAAAGUGCAAAAACCGAGGUGAUUGGAUGCAGCUGCUGGCAGCAAACUGGUAACCAAAAAAUAUGGGAGACUUGUGUAUGUUUGUUUCAUAAAGCACUUAUUUCUUGUUUUAUUUCUAGCAGCACUUACGGCUAGCUGCCAGCAGGGCUCGUGGUUUUGGUCCUCAGUGCAGAUAUAACGCCACUGGAGUCACACACACACUCGCGCACACACACACACACACAGAAUGGAUAACACUUGGCUAAACAAGCCAUUUACAUUGGAGUUGAAUCUGAUCUCACAAGGCAGUUGGUAUUUGUUUAAAUUUUUUUUUUUUUUUUUUUUUUUUUUUUUUGCUUUCGUACAAUAUGAUAUUCAGUGCAUGUAGGUAAUAUAAUAACCCAAUUUGAAAAAGCUGAGAAAAACAUGGGUCUGUCCAAGGAUCAGACUUCAAGCUUUUCAUUGAAGGUUUGCACGCAGUGCCUCUUUUCCAGUCUCUGCAGAGGAUGUUCUGAACUCACUUAAUGGAAUUGAACAUGUCACACUACAUUUCCCCAACUGCUUCAGCCCAAACGAAAAGUGUUUUUGCUGUUACAGUGUAACAUAAGAAAGCAAAUAAAAACCUUUUAGAUUGUUGUGAUUUUAUAGCUUUUUUCCCCAAUUACAAAUUUACCCAGUGUCUCCAUAGUAACUAUGCACAUCUGUUGCAGUUUAUUUAAACGUCUUCUUUCUUUCCAAAUUUUGAACAGGAAAUGAUCUUUUAAAAACUGUUUACACGUCAACGCAGCACUGACAUCCCAUUCUGUCCUCAUGUGCUUUUGUUUGUGUUGUGUUUUUUUUUUUUAUCCUCGGAAAAAUAGGAGGUUCGUCCUUUUCUUUCCUUUGAUUUAAUGUUGCGUACAACCUGUCAUCAAAAGACCUUGUAUUAUUUAAUGAUCAACAUGUAUGAUAUCCAGGAACCGUACUUUACCCUGCUCUUAUGUAAAGUUUACUUGUUAUGUUUGUUAUGCUUCUUCUCUCAUGAACACUUGUCAGGAAACUGAAACUAGUGGAGACUCCAUUAGAUUUUUGCUGGUACGUUUCAUAAAGAUCAUCAAGUGAUUUUUUUUUUUCUUAAAGGGACAAAGAGACCUGACAACAGUGAGUGAAAUUGGCAUUGUGAUUGUACAUUUUGUUUAUUUUAAGAAUAAAAUAGGAAUUUUGUAACUUAA